AUGAUCCAGACAGAAAUUCGUGCUGUGAUCAAGUAUCUCUAUGAAAAGGGGAUGACUCCCAAAGAAAUCCACGAAGACAUGGUCACGACACUUGGUGAGGACUCCCCUUCUUAUUCCACUAUAAAGAAUUGGGUUGCUAACUUUAAGCGAGGCAAGGAGAGAACGAAAGAUGGCCGAAGGUUUGAACGCCCACAAUCUGCCACCACGGACAAUCAGGUUGAGGCCAUCCAUCGCAUGGUAAUGAAUGACAGACGUGUCACUAUCCUACAUAUCGGGCAUUCACUAGGCAUCAUUUAUGGCGCAGCUCAAAAUGUUUUGUUGAACAUAUUGGAAUGA